UUCUCCUUCUAACAAAGCGGAUUUACAACUGUUGUCUCACGCAGUUUUUUCUAAUUUAACGCUAAAUUAGUUAUCCGUGUGUGUGAUAAGAUCUAACAACUUUGAACUAAGAAACUUUUUUUUAAAUUGCUCAUAAGGAGUUUUAAAGUCUAGUGUUUUAAAGUUAUGAUUUCAUCUGUUAGCUAGAGAAUUAGGUCACAAAAGACACCAGAUAAGCGGCAGCAAAAAUUGCAAGAGUACUUUGCUCACUCCUCACAACAAUAACACAGAUCAAAGUUUUUUUUACUUGGAACUGUUUCCAAUAGGCAUUGAUUGUACAUUGUUAUGCCAAUUGCUCACAUAACUACUGCUUACUAAUCAGGUUAGAGCUAUGCCAAGUAACUGAAUUAUAAGUCUGAAGGAUAAUUAAGUACUGUAGUACCUUGUCACUUUGUGGCUGAAUGUUGAUAGAAAAAUACUGUAGUGAAAUUAGGGUGAUCAGUUUGAUGCAAUGGAAGACAUACAUUUAAAUACAAAACCACCAAUGGCGGAGACUCUCAGCCCGCUCUCCCCCAGCACAAACCGCGGGCCCCGUGGGUUCAUGGGCUCGCUUCGCGCGCGGUUCGGUCGCACGCCCGCUCCUAGACCUGCAGGAGAAGGAUAUGUGGAAUUCGGAGAGUUCCGGUCAGAGCGGGCCGGCAUCAAGAAGGUGGGGACCUUCGCCGGGGUCUUCUGCCCCGUCGUGCUGUCCAUGUUCAGUGCUCUGGUCUUCAUCAGAAUGGGGUACCUGGUCGGCAACGCAGGUCUCCUAGUGACCUUGGCCCAGUUUCUACUCGCCUACCUUAUCGUGGUGUUCACCGUGACGUCCAUAUGCGCCAUCUCCACCAACGGCGCCGUGGAGGGGGGAGGGGUCUACUUCAUGAUAAGCCGCACGUUAGGCCCCGAGUUCGGAGGCGCCAUUGGCACACUAUUCUUCUUCGCAAACGUCGUGUCUAGCGCCCUCUGUAUCUCAGCUUGUACUGAGGCGCUGGUGGAGAACUUUGGACCCAACGGAUACCUGAUCUCCGUAAACCAGCCCGCGCUACCGGACGGCGACUGGUACCGGUUCCUGUACCGCUCCAUCCUCAACGCCAUAGGGCUGUGCGUCUCGCUCGCCGGGGCGGCGCUCUUCGCACGCACCAGCCUGGCCAUAUGGCUGACCACGGUCGUGUGCUUGGGGAGUGCUAUGCUGAGCUUCUUUAUAACGGCACCGGGAAAGAUCGAGCGCCCCGAGUCCAACAAACUGUCCAACGUGACCUACUUCAACUACAGCGGUCUGAGCAGCGCCACUCUACUGUCCAACUUGUACCCGAAUUACGGACGGGAUUAUUCCACCACGGACGGAGAGUUUGCUGACUUCGCUUCUGUGUUUGGUGUACUGUUCACUGGGGUCACUGGAGUUAUGGCUGGGGCUAACAUGAGUGGGGAGCUGAAGAACCCGGCCAGCAGCAUCCCGCGCGGCACGCUGGCGGCGCUGCUGUUCACGGCGCUGUCGUACGCCGCGCUGGCCGUGCUGUCGGCCGCCGCCUGCGGCCGCGACCUGCUGCAGAACAACUACGUGUACCUGCUGCCCGUCAACAUCUGGCCGCCGUUCAUUGCCGUCGGUAUGUUAAUGGCGACCUUCUCUGCUGGCCUGUCUAACCUGAUCGGAGCGUCACGGGUACUGGAAGCGCUCGCUAAGGACAAUAUUUAUGGUUUCCUCCUCCGGCCCAUGGCGUCCCACUCCGGGAACCCCGUGCUGGCCGUCGCCGCGUCGUGGCUGCUGGUGCAGGUCGCCAUAGUGACCGGCUCGCUCAACGCUAUAGCCCAGAUCAACUCCGUCUUGUUCAUGACUAGUUACUUCGCUAUUAACUUGGCGUGUUUGGGACUGGAUUUAGCCGGUGCUCCUAACUUCAGGCCGUCGUUCAAGCAGUUCUCGUGGCACACGUGCCUGGCGGGGCUGCUGGGCUGCGCGGGCGUGAUGUUCGCGCUGCGGCCGGCGCACGCGAGCGGCGCGGCGCUGGCGUGCGCCGCGCUCGUGCUGACGCUGCACGCGCUGUCGCCCGCGGCGGCGUCCCCGGCCUGGGGCAGCCUCAGCCAAGCCCUUAUAUUUCAUCAGGUCCGCAAGUACCUGCUGCUGCUGGACCCGCGGCGCGAGCACGUCAAGUUCUGGCGCCCGCAGAUGUUGCUGCUCAUCGCGUCGCCGCGCCAGCAGGCACCGCUCAUCGACUUCGUUAAUGACCAGAAAAAGGGCGGCCUGUUCGUGUUAGGGCACGUCCGGGUGGGCGAGCUGGACGGCAGCGGCGACCCCUUGGCGGAGGAGCACCAGUACUGGCUGCAGCUUAUUGAUCAUCUUAAGGUGAAAGCAUUCGUAGAGCUGUGCCUGGCUCCGUCCGUGCGCAGCGGCGCCGCGCAGCUGGCGCGCCUGGCGGGGCUCGGCGCCAUGAAGCCCGACACCGUGCUGCUGGGCUUCCGCGACCAGGCGCCGCCGAGGGACUUCUUCAGGGAUCCCAACUCCCCCUACAAGACGGAGCAGUUCGACACCGAAACCGGCGACGUGUUCCCCCUCCGCGGCGCUGACUCGAAACUCAGCGCUCAUGAAUACGUGAGGGUCGUCGCUGACGUUCUCAGCGUCAACAAGAACGUCGGGCUGUGCAGGCACUUCCAUAAGCUGGACAUGGCGGCUGUUGAACGGAAGUCAGCCGCGCUGAAAUACAUAGACGUGUGGCUCGUGGAGCCGCUGGCCGCGCACGGCUGCUUCACGGUGCGCGCGCUGUUCGCGCUGCAGCUCAGCGCCGUCGUGCGCUCGGCGCGCGGCUGGCGGCGCCUGGCGCUGCGCGUGUUCGCCAAGCCCGAGCCCGAGCAGGGCGUGCUCGAAGCGGGUAGAACGUUACCAGUAAGCGAAGACGCGUCCCUGGACCCCAGCAUAGCGAACCUGGCGCCGGGCAGGCCUGUGCAGGAGCGCCUGCAGCAUCUCCUGCGACUGCUGCGUAUUAACGCCACGGCGCAUGUGGUAUCGGAGUGGCCGGCGCCGGACGAGACGAGCCGCUGGAUGUCCGACAACUCGGACCACUCCAUCUACCAGAGGGUACCUCUUACUUACCUGCACAAGGUGAACAGUAUAAUCCGGAGCCGCAGCGGCGGCGAGACGGCGGUCACGUUCCUGCAGCUGCCCGCGCCGCCGCGCCUCGGCGACGCCGACCAAACCGUGUGCGGACAAUAUUUGCAGGUUCUAGACGAAUUCACUAAAGAGCUCUCCCCGACGAUACUGGUGAGGGGACUGAAGCCAGUCACCUCCACGGCUCUGUAAAUAUAGGACAUAAGUUUUACAUAUCGAAACGAGAGCUUAGGCAAAUAUCAUUGAUUGCCUUAGAUGUGUUAAAUCUAGGACCAGUGUUGGCUGAACGUUAAUUAGAAUUGACCAUAUUGAAAAGAAACCAUUAUAUAUUGAACCAUAAAUCGUAACGGACGGUUACCGUUUACAGUUCAAUUUGGAAUGGUUAAUUUUCAAUAUGAUCAAUUCUAAAUAACAUUCGGCCAACACUGU